AUUUUGGAAGCCUCAUCCUCACCACACCACGUAGGUAAAACGGUUCCUUCAUAAAAUUAAACUUUAAUUUUUUGGGGAUGCAAUGAAGUGGUGGUGUGUUGUAGUGAGUAUCACCCGUAUCGUACACUUAUGGCCGUAUGCACCGAUUUUUACUUAAACUUCUAAUAAGUAAUCGCGGUUAACGGUUAAACUCGAUUUAAUUUUAAUUCUAAUGCACCGGCGCAAUACUAAUAGGGAUUGGUUAAACGAAAGAAACCAUUUGAUUUUUAUGAUUGAAGCAAAUUCCCUAAACUUUAACGCGGUCUGUGGCUUUAACAUAACCUGUUACCAUUGAAGAAGGUUUUUAAUUUAUUUCUCCACGUUCUUGCAAUUUUGGUAUUAGAAUAACAAUGGGUAAGACGUGCACCAACGCAAAGAGGGCUCCAAAUUUUACACCGUCCGAAAAAUUAUUAUUAAUGUCGAUAAUAUCCAAUAAAUAUGCAAGCGUAAUAGAAGAUAAAAAAAACAGAUAGGACUUAUGUUCAAGAUAGGAUAAAAUCGUGGAAAAUGGUCGAGGAGGACUUUAACUCUAGUCUACCUAAUGGCGUGUUUAGAGAUUGGGAAUGUUUAAAAAGAUUUUAUGAGAACCAGAGAAAGGAAGUGCGCAAAAUUAAAAGUAAUGAACGACAAGAGCUGCUUCGAACUGGGGGAGGACAGGUUCCCCCAACUAAAGAUGAUCCUGCAGACAUGCUCUUAUUGUCCAUUAUGAAUGAAAAGACGGUGUCUGGGUUAAAAAAUAAAUUUGAUAGUGACUGUGACGUAACACCUGUAGCUAUUGAGGUUGGUGACACAUUAAUCUUUGACAUGGACACAAAUGAUCCUGAGUGUGAUGUACCAUCCCCUGCGUCCAGUGCAACGCAAAAAAGAAAACAUGAUGAAGAUGAAAUAGUUGAGCAGGAAAAUCCGCCUGUUGCAGUGGAAUCCUGGAAACAUUACAAGCCUAGUAAUUUACAGAAUCCAAUCAAUCCUGUAUUAAAUGAACAAUCUACUUCAAGAACUCCACUGAGAAGCAACCGCCGUAGACCAGUGCAGCAAAUUAAAGCUUUAUCAUCGUCAGCUGUUGCCGAAAAAUAUGAGCAGUUAUUAAAUAAACGUUUAAUAUUAGUCGAGAAACAAAUAUUGCAAUUAGAGGAGGAUAAAAUAAUGAAAAAGGAAAAGCAAAGAUUAGAAUUGCAGCUACUAGAAUUAGAAAUUGAAAUUAAAAAAAAAACUCUAAACUAGGAACUUAUUCUAUUUUU